GGCCUUUAUAAACGUCAGUGGAAACGCCAGCAGGAACAGCAGCAGCAGCGAACUCUGGGAGGACGGAAGAGCUACGCAUCGGGCAGCCGGAGGGGGGACGCGAUGCAGCGGCACGCUGUGCCAUCCUGGAUUCUGCUCUUCUGCGCAAUCUCACAGGUAUGCUGCCAGAUGUGUGGAGGCCCUUGUUACUGUGCCAGGUCUCCACCCCAUUGCCCUGCCGGUGUCCCCCUGGUCCUGGACGGCUGCCGCUGCUGCCGGGUCUGUGCCAGGCAGCAAGGCGAGACAUGUGACGACAAACACCUGUGUGAUGCCCAACGGGGACUGCAGUGUGACUACAGUGCUAGCUUUCCAGGCGGCCCAGGAGAGUGUGUCAGUCAGGAGGAAUUGGGCUGUGAGCUCAAUGGAGAGACGUACCAGGAGGGCCAGGUGUUCCAGCCGUCAUGUGGCCUGCAAUGCCGCUGUGCCGGAGGGGGUGUGACCUGCGUGCCCCUCUGCAGCGACGAAGUGCAGCUGCCCAGUGCAGACUGCCCACAUCCCCAGCACAUCCGGCUGCCAGGGAAGUGCUGUAAGGAAUGGGUCUGUGAGAAUACGGACAACAGCGUCCUCCAGAACACCCUCCGAGCCUACAGGCUAAAUGGCACAAGGAUGGACGUCUCCAGUCAGAGCCAGGUCCCUCUUUCCAACUGCAUCGAGCAGAGCACAGCGUGGAGUCCCUGCUCACAGACCUGCGGCCCAGGAAUAUCCACCCGUGUUUCCAACCAGAAUCGGGCUUGUCACUUGGAGCUGCACAGCCGGCUGUGCCAGGUGCGACCCUGCCAGGGGGCUCCCCUCAGGGUCCCUAAGCCAAAGCGCUGUGAGCCCAGCUACAGGUCUGCGCAGCCGGAACGGCUGGAGUACCAGGGCUGCCACAGCAUACGACUCUACCGCCCCCGGUACUGUGGUAUCUGCUCCGAUGGCCGCUGCUGCACUCCGUACCGCACCCGCACGGUCUGGGUGAUGUUCCACUGCCCGCGAGGUGGCCUGCUGAGGCAUCCCGUCAUGGCCGUCGACUCCUGUUCCUGUCACUACCACUGUCCCCAGCUGCUCAACACUGCCCCCCGGAGGCCCGCGCCUGUCCGCACUGCAUUCCAGUUAUUCUACGUCUAAGUGCCCAUAUUCAUCUCUUUUCCAUAUUUUAAUACCACAACAUGCAUUCAUACCCUUAUCUGCUAUCCAUGUCCUUGGAAGAAAGGCAGGGCUGGACUGGGAUUAAAAAUCAGCCCUGUUGCUUUUGCCCAUACAGGCCUAUACCUACUUACACAUGCACUCUAGGGCUGCAUGAUAUUUUUUUAAAAAUCAUAUUGAAUUUUUUGCAAUAUUUCUAAAACAAAAAAUUUAAAUUUAUCCGAAAUAAACUAAAAAGAAAAUCUAAAUAGGACUUAUCAUCUAAAUAGAUAAGCCAAAUAGAACUUGUGUUGUAGAAUUUGUUGGUCCGAGGAGCAGAUUUUGCUGGCCCAUAACCCCAAUGCCCAGUCUGCCAGAUGACCAGCCCAGUCCUGUACUAUGGGCUAAUUCUAUAUCACUGAAUCCCUGGCCAUAACCUCUGCCACUGAGAUACCAAAAAUACUACAUAAUUACUAAUCUGCAGAAAAGGAUGUAUGGAAUCUAGCAUCCAAUGUGUAAAUGAGCCUUUCUACUGGUUUAGCCUUCAGGUGAAAAGAAAAGCAUGUCAUUGACUCCCCAUACCAGGAAUUUCCAUUGUAAAUCAUGGGUUCCUAAUCUUUUCCUUCAUGGGGGUUACUCUGCACUGCACCUAGCCUGGCCAAUCACCUAGGACCAAUUUGCCAAUUUCCCAACCCCCCACCACGAUAAGGUGGCGAUUCAUGGAGGGACACCCAUCCAUACAUGCAUUUGAAGUAACAGCUGCCCUCUUAGGUCUGUUAUCCAAAACUAGUUUGUCUGACUGUAAGUUUCAGUCUUUGUUACUGUUUUUUACUGUUUUGAAAAGUUUUAAAGUUAUGAUAUGUUAUGUUUUGCGUCUGAAAUUGAAUAGAUGUGGGACAUCCUUUAAAAUAGGAAUUGCUGGAAUUGCUGAAAUUAUACAUCCACCUUGUGGAUGUACAUUAAAGAAAUAUACCUGAUCAAAGUUGUCUCUCAGUGACAAAAAUAACAAAAGAUGUCUGUAAAUGACUUGCUCUUGUUAUAUGAAUGUUUACCACUUUUCAUGUUUGCUACCCCUUGUGUAAUAAAAAUAUGUACAUUUUACUCUUG